CGCGUGGUGGGCCGCUGGGCGGAGGUGAUGCUCUUGGUCCGGCGCUGCUGGGGCCCGCAGCUGGCGGCAAGGCGGCCUCGCUGCUCGUGUCAGUCACCGGCGGGGCACGGCGGAUGCUCGGGCGGGAAGGACAGCCGAGGCUCCCGAGUCCGCGAGAAGCCGCCCUGGAGGGUGCUGUUCCUCGGCACCGACCACUUUGCGAGGGAGACGCUGCGAGCUCUGCACGCCGCCAGAGACAACAAAGAAGAAAAGUUAAUUGAAAGACUGGAGGUUGUCACAGUGCCUUCACUGUCCCCCAAAGGACUUCCCGUGAAGCAAUAUGCUGUACAGUCCCAGCUCCCGGUGUACGAGUGGCCUGAUGUGGGAUCCGGAGAAUACGACGUUGGAGUAGUGGCUUCCUUUGGCCGACUUUUGAGUGAGGCUCUUAUUCUUAAAUUUCCCUAUGGCAUAUUGAAUGUACAUCCCAGUUGCCUCCCGAGGUGGCGUGGUCCUGCCCCGAUAAUCCAUACCGUGCUUCAUGGAGACACAGUCACCGGAGUAACAAUUAUGCAAGUUAGACCCAAAAGGUUUGAUAUAGGCCCAAUUCUCAAGCAGGAAACCAUCCCGGUGCCUCCCAAGAGCACAUCAAAGGAAUUGGAAGCAGUGUUGUCGAAACUCGGUGCCAACAUGCUAAUUUCGGUUUUGAAAAGUUUGCCUGAAAGUCUGAACAACGGGAGGCCACAGCCGGCCGAGGGAGUGACGUAUGCCCCUAAGGUUUCUGCUGGCACCAACUGCGUCAAGUGGGAGGAGCAGACCUCGGAGCAAGUGCUCAGACUUCACCUCGCCAUCGGGGACAUAGUUCCAUUGCAGACACUCUGGUUGGAGAAUACCAUUAAACUUCUGGAUCUAGUAGAAGUUAACAGCUCCAUCCUUGCAGAUCCCAGAUUAACAGGACAAACUGUGGCUCCAGGGUCGGUGGUGUAUCACAGACCGUCACAGAUGCUGCUGGUUCACUGCAAGGAUGGCUGGAUUGGUGUUCGAUCAGUAAUGCUUAAGAAAACACUAACAGCUACUGAUUUCUACAAUGGAUAUUUGCAUGCGUGGUACCAGAAGAAUCCCCACGCUCACCCAAGCCAGUGCAGAUUUCAGACUCUCAGACUUCCAACAAAGAUGCAUCAGAAAACCAAGUUGUUGCUAUGCAACAGUACAUUAAGUAGCUAGGAAGAAGACAGACACUAUUACACACUUGUAAUUUAUUAAAAGCUUUAUUUACAAGCAACUGACUUUGAAAGUUAACACCGUUGGAGGAAAGGAAAAUGGUUAUCAAGAUGGUGGACACCCUUGGAGGGAAGGAAAAUGGUUAUCAAGACGGUGAACACCCUUGGAGGGAAGGAAAAUGUUUAUCAAGAUGGUGAACACCCUUGGAGGGAAGGAAAAUGUUUAUCAAGAUGGUGGACACCCUUGGAGGGAAGGAAAAUGUUUAUCAAGACGGUGAACACCCUUGGAGGGAAGGAAAAUGGUUGUCAAGAUGGUGGACACCCUUGGAGGGAAGGAAAAUGGUUAUCAAGACGGUGGAAGUCUUGAGCUCUCCAUUUGCUGUGUGUAACAGUUACAAGCAGCCUUUGUGAAUAACAAAAGAAGUUUAAUAAAAUUUUGUAUUUAUAAUGUUCAGUUUAAA